UGAACAUGAUGGUUCACCUGUGGAGGGGGCUGAACCUCCGUGUGGCGGCAGCGCGGCUCUGCGGGGUGAGAGGGGCCCCGCACCGGACCCCGCACAGGCAGGGCUCGGGGAAACGCUACAACGUCCCGCCCAGCGCCGAGUUCGUGGCCCGGGUGUCGGGGAUCCCCACCAUGGCCAAGCUGCCGCACCUGGACUCGGCCGCGGGGCUGGACGCCGCCUUCAUCGGCGUCCCGGUGGACACCGGCACCUCCAACCGGCCCGGAGCCAGGUUCGGUCCCCGGCAGAUCAGGGUGGAGUCGGCCCUGCUCAGAGCCUACAACAGCGGCACCAGGGCCGCGCCGUUCGAGUCCCUGGUGGUUGCCGAUAUCGGAGAUGUAAACGUGAACCUGUACGACCUGAAAGACACCUGCACACGCAUCAGGGAGACUUACAGGAAAGUCCUGGCUGCUGGCUGCAUCCCCCUGACCAUGGGUGGUGAUCAUACAAUUGCAUACCCAAUACUGCAAGCUGUGGGUGAGAAGCACGGCCCGGUGGGUCUGAUCCAUGUGGACGCGCACGCAGACACCAGCGACGUGGUGCUGGGGGAGAAGAUCGGCCACGGGACUCCGUUCAGACGCUGCGUGGAGGAGGGGCUUCUGGACUGCAAGAGGGUCGUUCAGAUCGGCCUCCGUGGUUCGGGUUACUCUGCAGAUGCAUACGAAUGGAGCCGAGCACAGGGUUUCCGUGUGGUCCAGGUGGAAGAGUGUUGGUUCAAGUCUCUCGGACCUUUAAUGUCUGAGGUCCGGGCUCAGAUGGGUGCUGGUCCAGUCUACCUGAGCUUUGAUAUCGAUGCCCUGGACCCGGGCUUCGCCCCUGGAACAGGCACGCCAGAGAUAGCGGGACUCACUCCCAUUCAGGGAGUUGAGAUCAUACGAGGCUGCCGUGGGUUGAACCUGGUCGGGUGUGAUCUAGUGGAGGUGUCCCCCCCCUACGACACCACAGGAAACACGGCAUUGACUGGAGCCAACCUCCUCUUUGAAAUGUUAUGUGUCCUCCCAAAAGUGAAAUACUACUGACAUGAUAUGUGGACCCGGAGAACAACUAGAUGACGUACCUGCCAAGAAUCUGUCCUCUCUGAAUAGUAAAGCUGCAAAAAUAAAUAAUAUAUAUAAUAAACCAGAUCCUGCUUCCACUCAUCC